GACGACUUCUCCAUGUCGGCCGGAGUUAAACUCUCAAGCUUCUGCCGACUCCCUUUGCCGCUUGCGGCGCUUUUUCUAUUAAUCCAAAAAACCCUCAGACCCUGCACUCUCUACUAAAACAAACAGCUUCUGCUAUGGCUAUCGCAGACUCCGUUUCCAAUAGGUUUCAGCUUCUGCGAGCUUAUACCGCUGACAUAGCGUGGGAGCCCUUUCUCCAAUUCUCACGGAGAGCAGUCAUUUCUCUGUUCUCUCGUAUACGGCGGGGCAACUUGGAACUUAUUGAUAGAGAUGGCUCAAUUACAAAGCUAGGUUCCUCAGGGGACACUCCUUCAGUGCGAUUAGCUGUGAAGGAUGAGAUAUUUUGGGUGCGAUUGCUCUUGUAUGCCGAUAUGGGCUUUGCGGAGAGUUACAUGUUGAAUGAAUUUGAUUGCUCUGAUUUGGUUGCAUUUUUCCGACUAUUCAUCCGUAAUCGCGAGCAACUGUCUAAUGGAACAACUCUUUCGUCGUCUCUCAUGUCAGCUAUAAAUGGCAUCGCCAGGAAAUCCAAUACGCUGUCAAAUGCUCGACUUAAUAUAUCUGCGCAUUAUGAUAUCAGCAACGCCAUGUUUGCAGCAUUUCUAUCCAAGGAUAUGACAUAUUCCUGCCCUAUAUGGCUGCCAAUCUCAGAUCCAAGACAUGUCACGGAGACCCUUGAAGAGGCACAGGAACGAAAGCUGCAGCGGUUUAUUUCGAACGCACGGAUAAAAUAUACAGAUCGUGUGCUUGAAAUAGGCACUGGUUGGGGAUCUUUUGCCAUUGCUGCGGUCAAAGCGAUUGGAUGCCGAGUCACGUCUUUAACCCUGAGCAUAGAGCAAAAAGCUUUGGCAGAGAAGAAGAUUGCUGCUGCUGGACUGACAGAUAAUAUUGAAGUGAUUAUCUGUGAUUAUCGUGCCUUGGAGGUGCCUGACGAGGGACCAUUCGAUAAAGUUGUGAGCAUUGAAAUGUUGGAGGCCGUGGGGCGCGAAUAUCUGCACACGUAUUUUGAAUGUAUCGAUCGAUUGCUGAAGAAGGACGGCGGCAUCGCAGUGUUCCAGUGCAUAACAAUGCCGGAAUCGCGGUAUGAAGCCUAUUCUAAAGGCGAAGAUUUCAUCCGCAAAUACAUCUUUCCUGGCGGCCACCUGCCAACCGUGACACAACUGACUGAUUCAAUACAACGCGGAACGGCUGGGUCGCUCAUCAUAGACUCUGUGGAAAACAUAGGCCCACACUAUGCCAAGACAUUGCGUUUAUGGAGAGAAAACUUUAUGCAGAAUUUUGCAUUACAGAUUCGACCUGCACUUUUGGAAGAACACGCUGGAAUGACCGUGAACGAGGUUGAAGUUUUCCGUCGCAAAUGGGAAUACUAUUUCACCUAUUGCGAGGCAGGCUUCAACACAAAGACGUUGGGUGACGUAAUAAUAACGGCUAGCAGAGAGGGCACGAUGGAGAUGCUAGAAGAUGUACCGCUCUAAUUAAAUCAAUUCUGAUCCUUUUAUUUGCAAAAUUCAGAUAUUAUUCCAAUUUCUCUUGAACGUUUCAAGUAUUGACUUGCGCGAAUGAUGAGAUUGAAGAAGCGGAUAAUUGACCAAAUGAAUGAUC